GACUGAAGGGCUUAGGCGUCCAGCCCGCCCCUUUCCCUCCAGAAGGUCACGUUCUGUAGUUCCUCCCUUUCAUUCUUUCGGGCGGAACCUUAUGCGAGCAAGGUUGGAUUUGUUUGUACGUCCGUCUCUCCUCUGGGUUUCAAUAAAGUUUUCCUCUUCUUUCCCUUGUACGGAGCUCAAGAUGGCGACCUCGUGGUCUCCCUUGCUUACUCUGCGCCCCUUAAUGCAGAGGCGGCUGACAGGGAGAUUUGCUGGGUGCGGGGACUGGGCCACCGCUCUCACCCCUCCAGCCGCCGCCCCUGGGAAGCCCCUUUGGAAAGCCUAUGCAGUUCAGACAUCCAAGGGUACCCCUGUAACUACUGCAGCAGAGGCGUAUUCAAAAGCUUUGGCUGUUUGCCAAGGACCCCUGGACCACUAUGACUUUCUGAUCAAAGCUCAUGAGCUAAAGGAUGAUGAACAUCAAAGAAGAGUCAUGCAGUGUUUGCAUAAAUUACACGAGGACCUUAAAGGAUAUAGUAUAGAGGCACGAAGUCUCUUCUCAAAGCUUUUUUCAAGGAAGAAACCUCCUAAGGGCCUGUACAUUUAUGGAGAUGUUGGUACAGGAAAAACAAUGGUGAUGGACAUGUUUUAUGCUUAUGUAGAAGAGAAGAGGAAAAAACGAGUUCAUUUUCAUGGCUUCAUGCUAGAUGUGCAUGAAAGAAUACAUCGCCUUAAACAGAGUUUACCAAAAAGGAAACCAGGAUUAAUGGCAAAAUCAUAUGAUCCAAUAGCGCCAAUUGCUGAAGAAAUCAGUGAAGAAGCUUGUCUCUUAUGUUUUGAUGAAUUUCAGGUCACUGACAUUGCUGAUGCCAUGAUUCUCAAACAGCUUUUUGAAAAUCUGUUCAAAAACGGGGUCGUCGUUGUGGCAACAUCUAACAGGCCACCGGAAGAUCUGUAUAAAAAUGGACUCCAAAGAGCUAACUUCGUGCCAUUCAUUGCUGUCCUAAAGGAAUACUGUAAUACAGUCCAGUUAGAUUCUGGGAUAGAUUACCGGAAAAGGACUCUUCCUGCUGCAGGAAAACUCUAUUACCUCACAAGUGAAGCUGAUGUGGAGGCUGUCAUGGAUAAGUUGUUUGAUGAGCUGGCUCAGAAACAAAAUGAUUUAACUAGACCAAGGAUUCUAAAAGUGCAAGGGAGAGAGCUGCGGCUGAAUAAAGCCUGUGGAACCAUUGCCGACUGCACAUUUGAAGAGCUGUGUGAGAGACCACUUGGAGCCAGCGACUAUCUAGAACUAUCAAGGAAUUUUGACACCGUAUUUUUACGAAGCAUUCCACAAUUUACCUUGGCAAAAAGGACCCAAGCUCGAAGAUUCAUAACUCUCAUCGAUAACUUUUAUGAUUGCAAGGUGCGUAUAAUUUGCUCUGCACUGACUCCUCUGUCAAGCUUGUUUCUGCAUCAACAUCAUGACAAUGAUAUGGAGCAAAGCAGAAUACUGAUGGAUGAUUUGGGGCUGAGCCAGGACUCAGCAGAAGGUCUUUCCAUGUUCACUGGAGAAGAGGAAGUCUUUGCAUUUCAGCGCACAAUAUCCCGGCUCACAGAAAUGCAGACGGAACAGUACUGGAAUGAAGGAGACCGAAGCAAAAAGUAA